UUGGAGGGAAAUUCAAUUUCACCUCGUAAUUCACUCAAUUCCACCGGUGACACCACAAAAUAAUUACGAGUUCUCAAUUAAAACAUUAAUCUCAAGAGUUUUUUGAUAGUUUAGGGGGAAAUGCGAAAAUAUUUAACUGUGAAAAUUGUGGAAUUGCUUUCUCUGGGGAAUUUUUUUCGAGGGACACGUGAGGCUCUGUAUUGGCGAUUUACCCGUGUUUACUUUUUGUUUCGAAAAUAUUAUUGAAGAUGUCCAAGUUAUUCACACCGAUUAAUCAGAUCAGGCUGACAAAUGUGGCUGUUGUCAGGAUGAAAAAACAGGGGAAGAGGUUCGAGAUCGCCUGCUACAGGAAUAAAGUCGUGUCCUGGAGGAAUAAAUUAGAAAAAGACAUCGACGAGGUUCUCCAGACCCACACCGUCUUCACGAAUGUCUCAAAAGGUCAAAUGUCUAAAAAAGAGGAUUUGCUGAAGGCCUUCGGGACAGACAACCAGACAGAGAUAUGCAAGGAGAUUCUCUCGAAGGGAGAGCUCCAGGUAUCGGACAAGGAGAGACACUCCGCCCUGGACUCGAUGUUCAAGGACAUAGCGACAACAGUAGCUGAUAAAUGUGUGAAUCCAGAUUCAAAGAGGCCUUACCCCGUGUCAAUGAUAGAAAAAGCGAUGAAGGACGUGCACUUUUCAGUGAAACCCCACAGGAAUGCCAAGCAACAGGCCCUGGAGGUCAUUCCUCAGCUGAAGUCCGUGAUGCCCCUGGAGAGGGCCCAGAUGAGGCUCAGGGUUGUUAUCAGUGGGAAAGAGGCCAGAAAGCUCAGGGAUAAAAUCGUCAAGAUGACCACUAGCGUCGAGAGUGAAAAUUGGGCCGAGGGAACACUCGAUCUCACGUGCCUCAUCGAUCCUGGAAAUUACAGGAAAAUCGAUGAGCUCAUCAGGAGUGAAACGAGAGGGACUGGUAUCCUGGAGCUCGUUAAUCUCAAGGAAGUUACUGAGGGAGAGGAAUUGCUGGAGUAAUCCUCCGAUUUUUUCCUUCAAAUUCAAUUCCUGAGGGAAAAACGUUCAGCUUCAAUAAAUCACAUUUAAGGUUUUUUUUUUAUUAUGGAUUUAUCUCGAAAACUAGCGAGUCGAGAAAAAAAUAUCGAGAGAUCUUUUUUAAAGAGAAUUUAAUUAGCUAUGAAAAAGUCCUUCAAGGUUUUGAUCUCAAAUCGGUAGUUUUCCAGAGACAAUAGAAGUUCCGCGGAUGGAUUAUUAAAUGGUUUAACUCAAUGGCGACUCCCCUGAAAAACUGGAUUUUUCUGGAAGUUAUAAAAUAAAUGUGUUGUUAUUUGUAAAGAUUUAAUUACCCAUAAUUUAAUAAGUUUCCAUAAAAAUCAUAAUAUAUACAGUAGAAGUGA